AUGGGUGCCAUCAAACUAGACGGAGGAGUUGCACUCAUCACCGGGGCUGGGUCGGUAAUCGGGAAAGAGACUGCUUUCACCUUGGCCGAAGCUGGAGCAUCGGCUAUUGUUUUUGCGGAUAUCGAUGAAGCCAAAAUCAAAGAGGCCGUCGAAGAGAGCAAAAAGCUUGCUACAGAUGCCAAAUAUCAAGCUCUUGCCAUAGGAGUAGAUGUAACAGAGGCAGAAAGCGUGCAGUCUUUGAUUGAGACUACCGUCAAAGCCUUCGGUCGAGCUGACUACUGUGUCAACAGUGCAGGUAUUGACGUCGAUGCCUACAUUCCAUUUAACGAUAGCGUCGAGGCUACCUAUGAUAAGGUAAUGGAUACCAAUGCAAAAGGAGCCUACCUGGUCACUCGAGCCGCUUCCAAACAAAUGGCAUCUCAAGAGCCCCGAGUUGUUGCUGCGACUAGAGGCAGAGAGAGAAACUUGGGACGUGGUUCGAUCGUCAAUGUCGGAUCGGCUUUGUCAUACGGUGCCGUCCCAUACAAAGUUGGAUAUGUGACCUCUAAACAUGCGUUGCUAGGAAUUACCAAGGCUUCUGCCGUUGAAGCUGGCCCGGCAGGCGUACGAGUAAAUCUGGUCUGUCCCAGCUGGGUAGCAACACCUAUGUUCAUAGAAGAGUGUAACAGAGCUCCUCCCACAGCGGACUUUAUCAAAGCUGCAGUAUCGACUGGAAGACCUGCCGAGGCUGGAGAAGUCGCAGAAGGAAUCAGCUUCCUGUGUAGCUCCGCCGCGACCUACAUCAACGGCGUGGGCUUGCUCAUUGAUGCGGGCUUAACAUUGACUGUGCACUUAGAAUAG